CUGCCCAGCUAGGAAGACUAUGAUGAAGAGACUGAUGAGUGGUUCUUUUUUUCUUCUGACACUGGCAGGUGCCAUUUCAGAAGUUCUUCAGCCAAGAACUGACAGUCCAGACAAUGAGGGUGAGCACCAAGUGCUUCUAACAGUUCCUGGUGAUGAUCUUGGCCACUGUGGAGGAGCUCUAAUCAGUCCUGAGUGGGUUCUUACUGCAGCUCACUGCAAUCUAAUAGACUCUGACGUGGUGUUGGAGGUGAUACUGGGUCAACAUCCUGGCCUAAAAGGAAAACGGAGGAAAGUCAUUGAGACAAAGACAUUCAGUAAAGACAAGGUUCUUCACGACAUCAUGCUGCUGAAAGUGAAGAAAGAACCUACUGACAGAUUUCCCACCAUUAAACUACCUGCUGAAAAAAGCUGUAAAGCUCCAGCAGCAAACACUGUAGUUCAGUUUUAUGGAUGGAUUAAUGCAGCAUAUAUAACUACACACCAAAAGCCUGAGAAACUGCAGAAAGGAAAGCUCACAGUCUCAGCAUGCACAAAAGUAUCAGAAGAAGAGAUGCAGCCACUUCCAUACGAUUUCCUGCAUGAAAAGCAUGCAAUGCUGUGUGCAAAACACCCCUCUGGAGUGAAGGAUUGUGAGCUCUUUGGUGGAACCAGUUUGGUGCAGGGUGAUGUUCUGCAUGGGGUGCUCAUGAAUUACGACAUCCUCUGUGAGAAACCAGUAGAAUUCAUGGAUGUGUGUGCUUACAGAAACUGGAUCAAAAAAGAAGCUAACGUGUAAGAGAGCAGUGUGAGCUGUACUGAUAAUAAAGAGAUGUCCGAUCUCCUUAAGAGCAGAAACACCCACUGUCCUCUCUGUUCAUUCUCACAUUUCACUGCUUUCACAGAUCAGCCAAGAAUAGAAAAACCAAAAGGCAGAUUUACGCAUGAGAGACGAUUACAGCAGGAAGAUCACAGCAUUUGUUUUAUGAUUAUACAAUGAACAGGAAUGUCAUUAGAGUAGUAUGAACUCUAGUGAAGUCCCUAGGGGUGUUGGGAUGGGGGGUCUACUUUAUAGUAUUUGGUUUAAAUAAUACACACAGCUAUUUGGAGACAUUUC